CUUGCUUGUUCCCCAAUAAAGCUCUGCGCAAUCUAUCGCGGCCUCGAAUCCGAAGCAAAAGCUCCGUUACCACUGUUCACACUCAAUUCUCUCGAUAAACUCCUGAACCGCUAGCAAUGGGUCAGGGCUCAUCCGGCGGCCUCAAUCGGCAGGGUGGUCUACCAGGCGACCGCAAGAACGAUCCCGACAACAAGAAGGACAAGAAGUUCGAGCCGGCGGCUCCUCCUUCUCGUGUCGGCCGCAAACAGCGGAAGCAGAAAGGUCCCGAGGCCGCAGCAAGGCUCCCCACUGUGACGCCAUUGACUAAGUGUAAGCUCAGGCUUUUGAAAUUGGAGCGCAUAAAGGAUUACCUGUUGAUGGAAGAAGAGUUCGUCACCAAUCAGGAAAGACUAAAACCCCAGGAGGAGAAGAACGAGGAGGACAGGUCUAAGGUCGAUGAUCUUCGGGGUUCACCGAUGAGCGUCGGCAAUUUGGAGGAAUUGAUCGACGAGAAUCACGCCAUCGUCUCUUCUUCUGUUGGGCCCGAGUAUUAUGUGGGGAUCUUGUCAUUUGUCGACAAGGACCAGCUCGAGCCUGGAUGCGCUAUUCUCAUGCACAAUAAGGUCCUUUCAGUUGUUGGGCUUCUUCAAGAUGAGGUAGAUCCAAUGGUGUCUGUAAUGAAGGUUGAGAAGGCUCCUUUGGAAUCAUAUGCUGACAUAGGUGGGUUGGAUGCCCAGAUACAAGAAAUUAAGGAAGCUGUGGAGCUUCCUCUCACCCACCCUGAAUUAUAUGAAGAUAUUGGUAUUAAACCACCUAAAGGAGUCAUACUUUAUGGAGAGCCUGGAACAGGAAAAACAUUGCUAGCAAAGGCCGUGGCAAAUUCGACGUCAGCAACUUUCUUGCGUGUAGUUGGAAGUGAAUUGAUUCAGAAAUACUUGGGAGAUGGGCCAAAAUUAGUUAGGGAGCUCUUUAGAGUUGCUGAUGAUCUGUCCCCAUCAAUUGUAUUCAUAGAUGAAAUAGAUGCAGUUGGAACAAAGAGAUAUGAUGCACAUUCUGGUGGUGAACGGGAGAUUCAAAGAACAAUGUUGGAAUUGCUGAACCAGUUAGAUGGCUUUGACUCAAGAGGAGAUGUCAAAGUAAUUCUUGCGACAAACAGAAUUGAAAGCCUUGAUCCUGCAUUGUUGCGUCCUGGACGAAUAGACAGAAAGAUUGAGUUUCCUCUUCCAGAUAUCAAAACUAGGAGGCGCAUUUUUCAGAUACAUACGUCAAGGAUGACACUAGCAGAUGAUGUCAACCUCGAAGAGUUUGUAAUGACCAAAGAUGAGUUUUCUGGGGCUGAUAUUAAAGCCAUCUGUACAGAGGCAGGUUUGCUUGCUUUAAGAGAGCGCCGCAUGAAGGUGACACAUGCAGACUUCAAGAAGGCAAAGGAGAAGGUGAUGUUUAAGAAGAAAGAAGGGGUACCUGAAGGACUUUAUAUGUAGAAAUCUAUUAGAUAUCUGGGCUGGAAAACAGUUCAUAUAUUUUUCAUCAUCUGUUUUUUAAUUCAAUUCUGAUUUGAGCUUUCAUGUAUGAAUUUUUAACAGUGUAAUGCUAUCAUGCUUCUUAAACAGUUUUCAUUUCACAUGAGAAUGAUUUAGCAAUGAGAAUGAUUUAUGCUA